AUGGAAGCCACGGGCCAGUUUGACAUGUGGCGGGACUACCUGGGGCUGGCGGCUAUGGUGGCCGUGUGCCUCCGUGACCCCGCGGGCCCUGGGGACAGCGUGCACAACGGCGAGGCGCCGGGCGUGUACCAGAGCCACAGCCUGCGCGACGCCCGGGGCCGCCUGCAGUGCCCGGUGCUGCGCAGCUACGUCUGCCCCCAGUGCGGGGCCACGCAGGACCAGGCCCACACGCGCCGCUUCUGCCCGCGCACACACCGCGGCUACACGUCCGUCUACUCCCAGCCGGUGCCCGCCCGGAGGAGGCAGAGGAACACCAGGAUGUAG